CCCACAAUGUGCAUGCGCAAACAGAAGUGCGUGCGUCGGACGAGGGACGGGUCGCUGUUAAUUCAACGAGAAGCUGCGAACGCUCUUCAGAUUUCCUGUAGAAUGAGUGUGGGUGAUAAAGUAAGCGAGCUCCUGGGGACUUAGAGGCUGUUAUCACAGUGGAUUCAAUCAAAUCUUGUUCCAGUGCUUUUUUUUUUUUUUUUUUUCCUCACACGCUAUAAAUUUGCAAAGCAUGCAAAGUUGCAUAUAUUUUCAUCUUGAAAGGCAACAUGCACCCACAAUAGCUCAUGGACAGCAAGUGCUUGGCUGACAUAUUGGCGUCUGCGUCUCUGCAUCGAGGUCAGGAUGUCUAAAUGUGAGCUGAUAGAGCUGCAGGAUCUCAGUGUAAAUGAUCCCAUCGAGCUGGCCGCUCCAGCUGUCCAUGUAGCCCCGUCGACUGGAAACCUGGGUCAUCCCAGCCACUACUGUGUCGUCCGUCUGGUUGGAGACAACGUCAGCAUUGAGGCCCCUGGUCAUCACACAGGAGAGACUGGUGUGGGUCAUGAUUUCCAGCCCUACAGUCAUGCACAUCUCACCUGGUGUGACCUGUGUGGUGAAUUCAUCUGGGGGCUUUAUAAACAGAGUUUACGCUGCACCAACUGCAGCUACACUUGUCACUACCGGUGUCGACCGUCCAUCCAGCUGGACUGCAUGACACAUGGAAGUUUGUUAGCAGAGCAUGCAGCUUUAUCUGAUGACUGCAUCGAGACAGACACAAAUGUGGAUGAACAGAUCGAGUUGGGUAAACAGGAGUUAAAUGUUAGUGAGAUUCAACAGAAGGUGAAGGAAUACAAUGCUCAGAUCAGCAACAAUCUCUACAUGGUGGAUAAUAAAGAUGGGUCCUACACUGGUUUCAUCAAGGUCCACUUUCAGUUAGUUCGUCCCAUUUCCCUCCCUCCUCCUCGUCAGAGUUUGAGCUUGAUGCAGGAAGAUGAUUAUCAGGGAAGACGGAUGAAACGGCGGACAUCAUUCUACCUCCCCAAAGAUGCUGCAAAGCACCUACAUAUAAGCUCUGAAACACGGGUACGAGAAGUCAUCGAAGCACUGCUCAAUAAGUUCACCGUUGUGGACAACCCGGCAAAGUUUGCCUUGUUUGAACGCACAGAGAGACAAGGUCAAGUGUACAUGCGUAAACUGUCUGAUGAUGAGCGUCCUCUGUACCUGCGCUUGUGCGCUGGCCCCAGUGAAACAGUCUUAAGCCUGGUUCUGAAAGAGAACGAGACAGGGGAUGUAAAUUGGCAUGCAUUUAGCUUUCCUGAGUUGUGCAACUUCCUGCGAAUCCUCCAGCGGGAGGAAGAAACACACGUAAGAGAGAUCGUGAAGCGCUAUGCUCUUGCUAGAGACAUGAUGAAUCAAGCCAUGGCCCGGAUGACUACACCGGGUUGACACCGAGACACUCAGCUUCACACUGGAAUAAUUAGAAGACAUUCUUCCAUGAAAAGUGUCAAUAAGAAAUUUUAUGUCAUGGUAAAGGGGAAUGAAAUAGCUCAGGUGAUGAUGUUGUAUGGAUUAGAGAUUGGUAAUAAAGCAGGGAGUUUGCUGUAAUAUUUAAUGUGAAUUACUUAAAGGUUCAGUUCAGGGUGAUUUUGAUCUAGUACAGCUAUGAACUGGACUGACUCAAAACAUAUGAAGUUGUUUUGGACUAACUGAUCACACUUCUGUCUUUAAACAUCAUGCUGCUUGAUUAGAUUAUUUAAAGUGACAUGUUAAAUUUUUCUUAGUUUAUCUGGUUUAUCAUCUUAUACUCAGUUUUCCUCAUGUUGCUAUGAUGGUUUUUAAAAUUGUGGCACUUUAAUCAACCUGUGAAAAUGAGUUGGGUAAGCUGAAAUGUGUGGAUAUUCAGAUGAUCUAAUAAAGUGUGAAAAAUGGCUGUUUAAUA